AGCAGCGCUGCUGAACAUCCUGGAGGAAACAGAGUUACAGAGAAUUGAGGAAGAGGAACCUGAAGGGCAGCAUGUUGGUUCUUAGAAAGAUAUUCAGAGUGAAUGAAGGAAUAGAGGGGAGAUUCCCCCGUCAAUUGGCAAUGGGUCUGAUGGACCAGCUCUCUGUAUAAAAGACAGGUCAGAUCAGACCUCAGACAUAGAACCAGAGCAUCAGCUAGACUUCUGACACUGAACCAGACUAGAGCAUCAGAGACCAGAGCAUCAGAGACCAGAGCAUCAGAGACCAGAACAUCAGAGACCAGAGCAUCAGAGACCAGAGCAUCAGAGACCAGAACAUCAGAGACCAGAACAUCAGAGACCACAACAUCAGAGACCAGAACAUCAGAGAACAUCUCAGACAAUACAAUCUUCAGCAUCUCAACCAUCUCUGAACCAUGAAGACCCUGACUGCUCUACUCCUCCUGGGACUGCUCUGCUCCCCGCAUACGACUUCUGCAGGUGUCAUCGCGUUGGAAACAUCAACUGACUGCUGUGUGAAAUUCAGCGCGAGGAUCCCUCUUCAACAAGUAGUUUCUCUCAGAACAACCUCCAGUAGCUGCCCUCGCAAAGCACUGAUUUUCACCACAAAGAAAGGGAAGACAUUUUGUGUUGACCCUUCUGAAGCCUGGGUCCAGAGUCAUGUGACCAAGAUUGAGAGCAGAACCCAAUGAUGUCAUCAACCACCAUCACCCCCUAACACCCCAACCCCUUGUUGGUGCACAAAUAAGGGAAUAGGUUGCCAUUAGUGACGCAAACCUUGUCAUGCAUGUCUAUAUCCUAUCUGAGAUUAUAGAGGAGGUUCAAUGUAAUGUACUAGGUUAAUACCCUAUCUGAGAUUGGUAUGGAUUAGGUUCAAUGUAAUGUACUAGGUUAAUAUCCUAUCUGAGAUUGGUAUGGAUUAGGUUAAAUGUAAUGUACUAGGUUAAUAUCCUAUCUGAGAUUGGUAUGGAUUAGGUUCAGUGUAAUGUACUAGGUUUAGGAUAUACUAAUUGUUUAUUUUUCUAAAACUGUAAACAUAUUUGACAUGUAACCUAUUUAAUAUUUUAUAAAGCCUUUGAAGAUUUCAAA